AAGUCGCUUUAACAGGUUACGAUUUGGUCACUAUUGGUGACAGUAAGGUUAUAAUUGACUGUGUGUCAAGGGGUUCAUAUUUUUCUGCUCUGGACUAAGUUUGUAGGCUAUUGUUGCAAAUAUCUGAGACGGACAUACUGUAACUAUACAUUGUCUCAGUCAGAUUAAAGCAACACUUAAUCGUUUUUAUCCUCGGGUUUCUCAACAAAUUGCCCCUUAUUCAAGAAAGGGCCUGCUUCUCAAAACAUGCAGUUAUGGCCUAUGGAGAGAGGGGAAAGCCUAAAGUGGACUGUUACAAAUUGCUGAACCUCUGAAGCAAAUUUGGAAACCUUAUUUUAACAUUAUUCUAAAAAAAAUGUUCUGUUGCUUUAAAUGUGUUCCCUAACCGGUUUGUAAAACAAUAGUGGAGCUAUAAAUAUCAUGGGGCUUAUUUACUCAAUCUUAAAUUCAAAGCUUACUGUGCACACAGAAUAGCACACUCAAAGUCUGCCCGAAAAAAGCUUACGCAAAGAACGGAAAACAAAAAAAAGCACAGCAGCUUACAUCAGGCAGCACAGAGAGGCCUUUGUGUCCGACUGCACCCUGCGCUCCCCUACCCAGCUCAUAAUUAGCGUACAGCACAUCAUGCUAAUCUUCAAAUAAAAGGAUUUUCCACCGCAUACUCCUUUCCCAAGACCCUUCUCCACCCCUCCAUCCCCUCCCUGCCACUUCAUUGCAUGUCACUUCUAGUUAGUGAGCCACACAGACCUGUUGGAGCUGCCUGGUCGGAGUGCAUACACAGUAGAGAGGCGUGGAGCUCAGGUUGAAGUUCAGAGUUCACCCAGGAGACACAAGGGAGCAAGACUAUACUACUGGACUACAAGACUUGUACUGAAAGACUAAACAAUCAUGAGUGGAAGUGUCCAGAAGGUCUUUCACCUGGCUGCGUUCAGCUGGUACGCCUUCGUCAUCAAGUCGCUGUAUGCCAAGGGAGAUGAGGAGCCCCCGCCUGGCAUAUUCCCCUACGGCGGGCCCUGGAAAUACCUCACCUUCCUCAACCUGAUCCUGCAGAUGGUGUAUUUUGGCCUGGCAUCGGUGCAGGACCAGAAGUCUUCAGGGAAGCUGCUGAGAGUGGCCAGGGACCUGCUCUUCUCCGUCUACGUCUUCCCUGUGGGCAUGUUUGUAGUGGUGAUGUUCUGGUCCAUCUUCGCGUACGACCGCCAGCUGGUGUACCCUGCCUCCCUAGACGCCUUCUUCCCUCCCUGGAUGAACCACGCUAUGCACACCAUUGUGUUUCCAAUCCUGCUGGGAGAGAUGCUGCUGCAGCCUCACUCCUAUCCAAAGAUCAAGACGGGCAUGACCGCACUGGGCGUCGUAGGGCUGGCUUACUUAAGCUGGGUGAUCUGGGUGUACCUGAGUGUGGGUAUCUGGGUGUAUCCCCUCCUCAACUACUUCAGUCAGGCUGGACUCAUCGCCUUCUUCUUUGUCAACAUGACCGUGGUGACUCUGCUCUACCUGAUGGGCCAGACCAUGAACAACCGGCUUUGGGGUAGGUGCACAGUAGCCCGACAGGCCAGACCAUUCAUUUAGAAUUACUUCUUAAAUAAUGUAGUCGGCUAUGGGCAUAUUUGCCUGCAAUUACGGGAGAAGGCAGGGAAUGGGUGGGAGAUACAGAGGGUCUAAAACAGAGGUAAAACAGUGAAAACACACACAGCCAAAAAUGCAAUGCUAAUUCAACACUUAUGGAGUACUCUGAGACUUCUGGGGUGAGUUUCUCAAAAGGGAAGUUGUUAGCCUGUUAGCAACUUCGGUAGUUGCCAAUGGGAAAAUGCAUUGAAAGCAACGAAGUAGCUAAUGUAGUAAGCAACUUUGCUUUCGAGA